AGAGGGGAGAGGAGGGGAGGGGUGGCAGGGAGAGGACUUGCUCGCCAAGUACAAGGAGCCUCCCUCCCCUGUGACCCCCACAUAGUGGGUCACGGGUCACUACUACUGAGGAUACAAUUCUCAAGAGGCAGCGUCGGCGACUCUCGCGAGACACGCACCCCGCCGCCUGCUUUGUUUACUCGACGCUCAUUGGCUCCAACAGAACGUGGCCGGCCAAUCACCGCACAACCUCGCCCGCGCUAACUUGACACCACAGCCCAUACCGUGCACGUCAGUCUGCCUCUCACUUCCGCAGGGUUUGGUUGUGUCGAGUCUCGUUCCCUCGAGCCCCUUGUACAUGCUCAGAGAAGCACUAAGCAUACGAGUGUAUAUUUUUCAUCAAAAUCAUGACAAAAUUCUACACAUGGGCGUACUAUACACUACACUAGCAAGUGUGACGGGCGUGUGUACGGCAGCCGAGCACGUGGGCCUCUACCGUGGGGCUCGUGCCAACCAUUAGUGGCCCUUCUUAACCAAUCAGGACCUACUGUCGACCAAUAGGUCCCAAGCAAUAAGGGGGCCCGUGCCAACAGGUGCCAAGCAUUAAGGGGCCCGUGCCAAGCAUUAAUUAAGGGGACCGUGCCAACAGGUGCCAAGCAUUAAGAGGGACCGUGCCAACAGGUGCCAAGCAUUAAGGGGCCCGUGCCAACAAGUGCCAAGCAUUAAGGGGCCCGUGCCAACAGGUGCCAAGCAUUAAGGGGGCCCGUGCCAACAGGUGCCAAGCAUUAAGGGGGCCCGUGCCAACAGGUGCCAAGCAUUAAGAGGCCCGUGCCAACAGGUGCCAAGCAUUAAGGGGCCCGUGCCAACAGGUGCCAAGCAUUAAGGGGCCCGUGCCAACAGGUGCCAAGCAUUAAGGGGCCCGUGCCAACAGGUGCCAAGCAUUAAGGGGGCCCGUGCCAACAGGUGCCAAGUAUUAAGGGGCCCGUGCCAAGCAUUAAGGGGACCGUGCCAACAGGUGCCAAGCAUUAAGGGGCCCGUGCCAACAGGUGCCAAGCAUUAAGGGGCCCGUGCCAACAGGUGCCAAGCAUUAAGGGGGCCCGUGCCAACAGGUGCCAAGUAUUAAGGGGCCCGUGCCAAGCAUUAAGGGGACCGUGCCAACAGGUGCCAAGCAUUAAGGGGCCCGUGCCAAGCAUUAAGGGGACCGUGCCAACAGGUGCCAAGCAUUAAAGGGCCCGUGCCAACAGGUGCCAAGCAUUAAGGGGGACCGUGCCAACAGGUGCCAAGCAUUAAGGGGCCCGUGCCAACAGGUGCCAAGCAUUAAGGGGGACCGUGCCAACAGGUGCCAAGCAUUAAGGGGGCCCGUGCCAACAGGUGCCAAGCAUUAAGGGGGCCCGUGCCAACAGGUGCCAAGCAUUAAGGGGGCCCGUGCCAACAGGUGCCAAGCAUUAAGGGGACCGUGCCAACAGGUGCCAAGCAUUAAGGGGCCCGUGCCAACAGGUGCCAAGCAUUAAGGGGGCCCGUGCCAACAGGUCCCAACCAAUUAGGGGCCUCGUGCCAACAGGUGCCAACCAAUAAGGAACACGUGCCAAAUGGCCCCACCCAACAAGGGGCCUGUGCUAACUGGCCCAAACCACCAAGUUGCCCCAUGCUAACUACUUGGCCCCAACCAAGAAGGGGCCCACAUUAAGAGCCUCUCCAAGAACCGGCUCAUCACACCAAAGGAACUUCACCAAGAAGCCUAAUACACAAAAUUACAAAAGGGGGAUUAUCUAACUCAACUAGUCCCUACAAGAAGGGGCCUAUCAAAACGUCCCCCGUGCUGCAGUAUGAGUGAGACUCGCAGUGGUAGUGGACCGACGAGGCCACCUCCCCCACUCUGCCCCCUGCUGCCGGAAGAUGAGGACUACGACGCCUGGGUACUGGCCGGGGGCAGACUCUUCCGUGCCCACACUUCUGUCCUCUCCUCCCAUAGUGUCUACCUACGGGGGGCAGCUGCUGGCAGCAGUAGCACGAGCACCAGUGAUAGGGACGUGAGGCUUCUACUGCCUCAUGUUCCUCCUGCUGGCUUUGCCGCCAUCCUCACCUACAUGUACACAGGAAGGCUGCCACUCACCCCCUCCACGCUUUAUGAGGUGUUGCUAGCAGGACACCUCCUCCAAAUGGCUGGCGUGGUGUCGCUGUGCCAGGCACUCCUCUCCACAACAACUAGUGCUGCUACAACUGGCACUUCCCUGGGCCUGUGUGAGGUGCCCCCGGCUCUCAGUGUAUGGCGAGGCCUGGCCAGACUUGUUCCUCCCCACCAACAUGCCACAUCCACAAAUUCCUCUUUGCCAGCCACUAUUGUCAGACCCACACCCACCAGGCCCCGAUUGCAACACCACCCGCUUAACCAUUCGCAAGGCUUGGUGCGAGACUCUGAGGCAUUGGAGGAGACUACUGGUGCACCUGUUGGUGAUGAGAGAAGCCUCCCACAACACACUGAUGAAAACACAGCUCCAGAGAGCAUCCCACAUUACAGGCACAAAGUCAGUGUAGAUGACAGUGGACGGGUCAAUGCAGGAGCAGUGGUCAUUGAUGUGGCAGCAUGUGAUGGACCAGUGUUUUUUGAGCGUGUUAUUAACAGAUCAUACAGAGCCAACCCUCUACUCGGCCACGACGACUCGGAAACAGAGACCGAGAUAAAUGUGGACGACAUAGACUCCUGUGACGAUGCAAUUGGUCAACCACACCUGAGAGACCUGCCAGAAUCUUCUGGUAAUACUGAAAGAGAUGGACUAUCUAACCUGCUAAGACUGCAAGCUGUGAGAGAGACACAACAAAAUGCCCUGGCUGCUUCUCCACCAAUGCCAAGCAACCACAUCAGUCGCACCUACCACUGCGUCUACUGCAAUCACACCUUCAAGAGCCACUACUGCUAUCAGAAACACAUGCGCCGCCACAUCAACCCGAUUACUGUUGAGGUUGACAAGAUGCGUGGAACAAGUAUCGAGGUCGAUAAACCGCGUGGCUCAGGUGUCUCUUCUUCUGGGGUCACAGAUGGCCCACAAGAUGGAGGAAGUCACUCUGAAGGGCAAGAGCGAGCAGGGGAGAGCAACAGCAAUUCUGGAGCCAAUGGUGUUAUUGCCAACGGGAGCAUUAAGAGUGGCAGUGUUUCUCCUAACAGCAGCAGGAAUCUUUCUCCUGCGCCAUCAGAAGGACUCAAGAUCCUCGACCUUAAUGUCCAGUAUUUUCCUUGCAAGACGUGUGGUUCAAAGUUUCCCAGUUAUUAUUUUGUUCACAAACACCGUCGACUGUGCCACCAGGAUGAGGAGAGUGCCACUUUUACUAAGAAGACUGCAAACCAGACUCCCUCCACCAGCACCUCUUCAACCCCCACUCCAACACCAGUCAAUACUCCUGCCUCCACCCCUGCCAACACUCCAAUCACCACCACUACAGUUGCAUAAAAUUGCUAAUGUUAGCAUUAAUGUGUUCAACUAUUUUAUUAACUAAACCCUCUACUUUGUUCCAUGGCAAUAAGAUCAACCCUAAUCAAAUUUAUACCAUAUAAACUUAGAAAAUGCACUGUAA